GCGGCUGUCAGUGUCAAUUGGUUCGCCGCGACGACUUGAGGUGUCGUCAAUGUGUAAACCAACGUUGUACUCGAAAGUUUCUUCCUCGCGUUCCGUCAUUAGUCGGAAACGGUACGGUUUGACAUUCGCAUCGUCCCCUCGUUUCUGUGUGUUUACUAUCCCUGCCGCGAAAUCAAACGGCGAAGCGUCUAUUUAACAACAACGGUGGUUCGAAGGAUCGGGAUCGAUCGGAAACAGAAAUUUCGAUUUGAAACUCGUACCCAACUUUUCGGUUCGUCUCGUCUGCCCGUCAACGACGACGGGCAGCCACGUUUCAUCGACAGAGCAGGCAAGUUCUAUCUUUUUUUUUUCUGGUGAUCCCGCUGAGAUAUUUCGAUAAAAACAACGCGUCUAUUGGUGACGAUCCACACAGUGUGUGUGUACGAUCGGUCGAACGGUGAGAGCAGCUGCGAGGAACUCAACACGCUCACGCAGAUUUCCGUCGUUUCUGCACGUCGUUGCCGGCUUGAAAACGUCACGUGUGGUGCCGGACAAAGAGAAACAGAGAGAGCAUAUGCGAUAGUAAUCAUAAACGCGUCGCAUCCCCGCACGUUAAGUGGACGAGAGAACGUUCAGAUAGGAUAUAUGUUAGCGUGCUUUGACUUCGGUGAAGAUCGGUGAGACGUGCUGUGCUACUGCGCCCCGACGACAACGCGGAGAGACUCUUACAAGACUGUGGCUCCCUGGAGAUCGGCGAGGAACGCCAGCGUCGGGUCGCUAUGAUGGAGUCCCUGUGCCAGGUGAACGGCACGAAGAGCAACGGAGGCAACGACAGCAACGCGAACAAUGGGAACAACAAUCACAACUCAGACUGUCCGGAUCCCCAGCAGAGGCUGGCUGUGCUCAGUUUCGAGCAAGUUAGACGAUUGAACGAUGUGAUGAACGAAGUGGUGUGCAUCCACGGUCGUGGUAAUUUUCCUACUUUGGAAGUCAGAUUGAGAGACCUGGUUACCGUGGUCCGUAGCAAAUUAGAGUCUGACCCGAGCAACGGUGGCGCCGGUAUGAGGGUACGCGACAUUAGGUUGAACGGCGGCGCGGCUUCUCACGUUUUGGCCACCGAGUCGCAACCGUACAACGAUUUGGACUUAAUAUUUGCAGUGGAAUUGUCGAGCGGGCGAAACUACGACAAGGUGAAGGCCGCGGUGCUUGGCUCGUUGUUCGACCUGCUGCCAGAAGGUGUCAGCCGUAAACGUAUAACCACGUGCAGCUUGAAAGAGGCGUACGUGAGCAAAAUGGUGAAAGUGAAUAACGAUGGAGAUCGGUGGUCCCUGAUUUCCCUUGGGAACUCACGAGGUCAUAGAAACGUCGAACUGAAGUUCGUUGACUCGAUGAGGCGGCAGUUUGAGUUCUCGGUCGACUCGUUCCAGAUCGUGCUCGACUCACUGCUUCUGUUCUACGAGUGCAGCAAGCUACCAAUUGGCGAGAACUUCUACCCAACCGUGGUCGGUGAAUCGGUGUACGGUGAUUUCCAGGAGGCGUUAUACCAUCUUCACAAAAAACUGAUCUCGACGAGGCAUCCGGAAGAGAUCCGCGGCGGCGGCCUGCUCAAAUACUGCAAUCUCCUGGUUAAGAUGUAUAAACCCUCUCAGCCUGACUAUAUAAAAACCCUCGAGCGAUACAUGUGCUCGAGAUUCUUCAUCGAUUUCCCGGACAUCAGCCAGCAACGGGCCAAGCUCGAGAACUAUCUGUGGAACCACUUCGUCGGUCCCGAGGAGGAAGCCCUUAAAUACCAGUACCUGAUGUUGCUUCACAGCGUGGUGGAAGAGUCCACCGUAUGCCUGAUGGGUCACGAGAGACGACAGACCCUAGCUCUCAUCGAAAACCUUGCGUAUCAAGUGUUCUGCCAAGAGCAACAGCAACGGUUGACGAAUCAUCAGCAGGCACCUCCUGGACCGCCCACAACAUACGUUUACGCGAACGGUUACUAUUACGCUCCAGUGAUACCCACCGCGUGCUACACGUGCACGUGCAACUCGUGGAUGGCAUGCUCGUCGUGAUGCGACAUCGACGCCAACGCUAUCGUCGCUACUAGCACCGCCAUCAACACCGCUACGACCACCACCGGCACGAUCACCGAUAUCCGCGAUAACUCCAUGAUCUUUAUUGACCACGGAACCAUCAACCAGCCUCUGCUUACCGACCAUGGGGGCAAUCGUCCUCAACCAGGUUACGAUCGACGUAAUUCGGAUCGUCGUGGUUCGUGUUUAUCCAACAAUCUCGAGAAAGACGCUUGUCGAUCAUUGAUCGUUCACGACAGCGGGUCAAAGGAGCAAAAUCAGUUGCUCCUCAGUUGACGCUUGGACACGCGUCGAACAUCGAACACCGACCGAUCCAGAGUGUGACGUAGACGAGAAAAAUUCUCGUCGGAAUAAAACGAAGUUAGAUAAAACCCGCGGUGAUCGAUUCGCCACAUGGAGGGGAGGACGGUGUUUAUCGUUCGAGCGGGUCGGUGACAGUGAACAAAAACAACAAAAACGAAAAAAACAGCAUCGCGGAAGACUGAAGAGAUCCAGGAGAAUACCAAAAAAUUCUAACCUAACGGCAGGAACAUUUGUAAUACUGCGCGUUUAUGUCCCGGUGUAUCGUUUUAUUUCUCCUGGACGCGUUUAUUCAGCUCCGGACGAUCAGUUGUCGCGGGAUGAAGGACCAAAACACAAUGGUAUUUGCUGUAAAGACGGUCGUAGGGGAUCAACAGAGAGACUAAAAGACUCCAAACGAAAUAAAAAAAAAAAAGAAAAAAAACGUUGAAAUAAAGAAAGAUAAAGAAACCAAGCGGAACGAAUAUAUAGAAGAAGUAACAAAAAAUGAAUGUGUUGUGCCUAACGAAUUCGAACGGAUGGUGGAGAGAAACGGAAACCGCAAUUCCGCAUGCGCGGUGAAAACAUGCGAUGAAUAUACCCGGUAAACUAUUAUACUAUUGUCGGUGCGCGCGUCGAUGAAACGAGAUGGACGCAUAUACGAAUCGCAACGGUGGCGCGAGAAAACCAGAAACUGUGCGCGCGUUAAGAAAAGAACACACACGCUUUUCAGAGUCUCCGGGAGAACGGUUGCGCUGCCAAGUGAUAGCGUCGAUUCACUAAGUGAUUCCGUAUGGAACCGGAAGGAGGGAAGUCAAUUUCGAAGGCGGAGGAACGACGACGAAACGGAAUCGGGAGCUGUACGGAGAACAAUACCGAGGAGUUCGAAAGAAAGGAAAGAGAAGAAGAAAAAACGCCGACGACGAGGGAGAACAAACGAAGGGACAGAGGGCGCCUGGGAUCGGAUCGGAGAACGAAAGGAACGGCUGAUAGAUAGCGCGUACGAAGGCGUCCGUCAGCGUUCCGCGGUCGCUCCUCUUUCUUUCCUCUUUUCCCAAAACGGAGAAAAAAAAAAACAAAAAAAAUGCAAAAAAAAGUAUAUUAUAACGAAUGAACAUAUGAUGUUUCGAGAAACGUGUAACUAAAGGAAAGGUAGUGGUAACACACACAGAUUUCACAAAAAGUAAGCAAAAAGUAAACUCAAACAGAUUAAAAAUACAAAGAAACAUUAACGGGCGUGGCGUUUGCAAAAAAAAAAGAAUAAUUAUAAAUAUAUAAAUAUAUAUAUACUAUAUUUAAAUAUAUAAAUGUAUAAAAUCUAUGUAUAAAUAUUAAUGUGUGGCUGUGAACACAUUUCAUUUAGAUACUACUACUGUAACGUGAUAUAUAAGAUUGAGAAAAAAAUAUCGAGGAUGAGCGGCGCGAUCGGUACGACAACGAGAGAGUUUGUACGCGGAGAGUGUGUGUGAGAGAGAGAGAGAGAAAGAGAGAAGAGAGUAAAGAAAGAAGAAGAUGAACGAGGGGUGAGAGGCGUCUCUGCUUGUUUUCUUUUCUUCUUUUUUCUUUUUUUUAGUUUCGCGUCAACCAGCGCUGUCACAUCGCCUAGACAAAACAGACAAACAAGAACAAAAUCUAAGCAGAUAAACAAAAAGAAAACAUAGACACUGAAAGAAACAGAGACACCCUCAUGUAACGUACAUACACGCGAAUACUUGGUAAACUGAGACGAAUGUCGAUCCAGAUAAAAAGAAGCAAACUAUCGUUUACCAAAAGACGCGCGCAUAAAAACAUGAGACGCUAAAACGACCAUCUAGACACUCUUUCCAGUUCUAGUAUUAUACCAGGGAAAAAGCACCGUGACUAAUCUUGGGAUUCAUGGAAGGACGCGUCGAAAGAGAUUCGAGGUGACUAGAAGACAGAAGCCCUUUAUCUUAGCCUGUAUACGCGAAACUAUACACAUAACCACGUACAACGAGUAUAUGUAUGAAGACUAUAGGGAAAGAGAUAAGUCACAUUUUAUUGUCGUUCGUAUGGAAGCAAUUUAACAAUAUUUUAUCAAUCAGCCACAUAUCGAAAUUGUCAUCAAAAUGCUUAUCAAAGUGCUUCUCAUAUAUUUUUCCCCCUAUAAUCUUCGUACCUAAUCGCAUACAUUCGUAGAUAUAUAAAAAUACAUACACACACACACACGUACGUGCGAUCGAGCGAUCCUUGCGGCGACUGUCGUCUACGCCGGAGGCGACGGCGAACAGCUUGCAUAACCUUCUUUCUUCUCGAUACCGAUAAUUAUUUAAUACCUUAUCCGACUGAACAGCAGCAGCGCCGCUCGCAAAGCAAAAUACACGCGCGUUCGCGUGCCUAUGUUUCUCCGGCCGUGAUAAAACUCAUUUGCAUAAUAAAACGUAGACUCUUGGCGAACUUGCAAACUGUAUCGUCCCGCGAAUUGCUGUCGGUGUGUAUACAAAUGGGCACGCGUGUGUGUGUAUCCGCGUGUGUAUAAUCUGUUCUAUACACGCACAGAGAAUAUACACCACCAAGCCACGAAUCUCCGAGCGUUUUUCGCGUGUCUCAGCAAAUCUCUAUCUCUCUAACGCGUUGUUCUCUUUCUCUGUUCCUACCUGCAGCAGGCAGACACGUAACGCGUAGAACAUACAGAUAAAAAACACUCACAUACACACACGCACACGUACACGCAGGCACGCACGAAGUACAGAGACAGGUGCGUGUAAGCACGGAGAGUAAAGAAGAGAGAGGACGUAUAUGCUCGCCACUUGGCGUCUCUCUUUUAUGUGCGUGUCCGUAUCGACUGGUGACCCCGUUAGUCAGCAUAGUCAGUCACUUUGCUCGCUCGCUCACUCACUGGUUAGAACUUAGCCAGGUCUCGUUCGUUCGCUCGCUCACUCUUCCUUUCAGUUUGCAAGCGAAAGUAAAGGCCUAAUAAAAAGCCCGCAAACUGGUUUUUCUGGUAUAUCGCGUGUUAAUGCUAAGGAGAGCCAGGCAGGCCGACUAGCAGCGACGUUCUGCACCCGGUGCGCGCCUCUAGCCGCCUGUUCCCUCUGUUUCCAUCGCGACCAUUUGUUUCCAACCACCUAUCGACGAUCCUUAAUCCCUCUAUUUCCUUCGUUACGGCUAAUUUCCCAUCGCCUUUCGACGAUCCUCGUCUCUCUAUUUUCUUCGCUAUCACUAGUUUUCGGUCAUCAAUAGACGUGACGUAGCUCCUCCUAAUAAUUAUUUCAUUGUUGUUCUUACUUUUAUCCUCGUCUCUGUGAUCUACGGUAGCAAUAGCUGGCCGUUACACCGAAGCUUUCGUUCCUUCUUCCAUCGUCGAAUACAUUGCGGAUGUUCCAGUGGAAAAUAGAGAAGAUUCGCGAACGUUAAUUACAUGCUCGAUUUGCAACGAAGGGUUUAAGAUAUUUGUUGUCGUGUUGUCAAAGAUGUUAUUAGUUUCGAUGGUUAUGGAUAAUUGCGUGGUUGUUCGUAAUCGGUAGAUGACGGACGUUUGUGCAAAUUGAGGUUUUAUUUAAUUCGUUAAGGAAAUGAAAUCUAAGUAGAGACUUCUGUCGCACAUUAAUUAUCAUAAAUUGUAUGUUUCGAAUAUUCUUAUUCAUUAUAUAUAUAUAUAUGUAGAGUACAUAUUCUGCACAUUUAAAUUUUCCAAUAAACAGCAUAAACAUCCCAAGUCUAUUAAUUAGAAUUGACAGUUUUGUGUUUCUUUUUAAGAUUACAUGGUAAUUUUGUUAAAUGUGAAGUAUUAGAAUGACUUGAGUCGGGACUCUACCGAUUUUGGAUCGAUAUUUAUGUAGUGUAUCGUAUGAAGCGUGGAAAGAAAAGACAUUUUUUUUCUACCACAACGAGUUUGAAAUUUUAGAUCGAUAUGUAUCCAGAAUGUGUUUAGAUAGAUCUUAAGAAGCCUCGAAUUUGGAACUCGAGAUAAAUCCUAACAUGCGGAAGUUUGACUUGCGUGUUCAAUGGCUGAUAUAAUUAGAGUGCUCCUGACUUUCUUCAAGGAGGAUAAUUCAAUUUCCAACUUGUUCCUACGAAGAGGAUUGAUUCUUUAUUUCUCGUCUACUUUCUCAUUCGAACAUCAGAAGCGAAUCUAUCAACAAUCCAUUAAAACAUUUCGUAAUAUCGUCCACUCCGUAUAUGUCAGUCCGUCUCGUUUAAUUUCUAAGAACUUUAAAAUCGGGUUGAUCAUCGAUCGUAUCGAUCUAUUGAUCUAUCGAUCCAAAAAUAUUGACCGUUCUUUUUAACGUAGGUGACAGGAUUACAAUAUAUAUAUAUGUUCGUUCGCGCCAAAAAAAAAAAACUUAAUAAAACAUGUACAUACAUGUAACCAUAAAUUGGAAAAAAUUAAAAAAAAAAAAAGAAUUUAUCUCCUUUUAUCACAUUCGUAUUUUUACUAAUUAUAUAUAUAUAUAUUGUUAUAAAGUAUAUCAUUGUGUGAAGUUUUUUAAACAAUUUUUUAUUAGUAUAAAAAAAGCUCAUCAUUUGGCUAUGAUCCACAGAUGUUUAUUUUUUUAAAAAUUCCCUAUAUUUUUCUUCUUUUUCGAGAUUAUUGCUUCAUAUAAAGAAAAAGUUCGAUUUUUAAAAUGAAAACGGCUACGGUUUAUUUGUCUUUGAUGAAGCAAGAGUUUUAAGAAUACAAACGCUGAAAAUACAUUCGAUAUUUUAUAGCCACGUUUCUUUUAGAGAUGCCGGAGGAUUCAUUUGUACGUUCGUUCUUGAAAAAGUCGAUCGAUUCCGCGGCGAUCAAUCAUGACGUAAAGCAUAAUAGCCAGGUAGAUCUUUGAAUCUUUCGUCGAGAAAUUCUUCUCCUAGACGCGAGAUAUUCGAUAAAAAAACGAUCUCUUUCUCUCAUUAAUUAACAUUUUCAUCGAAGCGAUAUUUGUUGUCCGAUUAGGAAAUUUUGAUCAAUUGAUAGAACAAGAAUUGCACGAUUUUUCUGUAUCGUGAUACUCGAUAGACUCGUGAAUAGAAAAUUUUGUAAUCAAGAAAUCAGUUAGAUAAAUUAAUUGAACUUGAGAUACUCGUGAUUCUUUGCAAUUCUUGUAUAAAUGAAAGAUGUCGAAAACGUGUCAGAUUAAAAAGUGGAGUGGACGAUUUAGGCAAAUUCUAGCUAACUAAAAUGAAUCCGUAUUAUUACUUUUAUUCUGUAUUUCGAACGAUCGUUUCUUCUUUCGUUUCGUCCUUCAAGGUGAGUUUCUUCUGAUUCGAAUCGAGUAGCCAGAGCAAAAAUCUAGGGCUCAUUGCGAGAGAAUAUCACAAAAAUAUAAAUCGUAAUAUACCGAGAAAAUACUCUACGAACCUCGUUCUAGAUUAUCUGUGUUAGAUCUAAAUUAAAAAAAAAAAAAAAAAAAUAAGAAAAGACAAAAAUAAAUAGAAUAGACUAAGGGUGAGAAACUACGAGUAACUUUUUCGGUGAAUUACAAUUAAAAAGAAGUCUGAAGAAACUCUUACAGACAAGUCUUCUUGCGAUAUUCUGAGUAAUCUGUUCGAAGCUUUGUUUCGUAAUAAAAAUACAAAAUUGAAUAAAUCGAUUAGUCGCAAAAAGGAAGAGACGUGCGAGUUAAAUUAUUAAAUAGAAAAGUAACGCCAGAAUAGAAGUAGCUUUUAAUCGACAAAUCAAAAAAAAAGACAAGAAGAAAUAAACGAUAAAUAAAUAAUUGUUCAUCUGCGUUCUAGAACUUCUUGCAAGCGAAUUGUAAUUAGUCAUUGUAAUUUUGUAUCGUGAUCUGUAAUUUCGAACGAGCGUGCACCGUGAUAGAUGAUCUUUCGUUAUAGGGGAAGAAUCGUAAUAUGUAAAUGUCAUCAAGUUGCGUGCGAGGGGAUAGUAACGAAAGGAUGGAACAAGGGAAAACAUGGAGAAAAAAAAAAGGAAAACGAAAAACGUGGUCAUCUUCCGAGAAUCUUGUACACUGCCUCGGAUUUUUCUUUUUUUUCUUCGUUUCCUAUUUGUUUCUUCCGCUCCUUUCUCCAUCGAUCGCGAUCUUUUUUCUAUCGAACGUGAAUAAUAACCAUAAUCACUCGCCAACGCCACGUGGACAAAUUUUGUACGAUUUUGCGCGACUCUGUACUUCGAUAUGAUUAUACAAUACACAUACGCAUAUUACAUAUACAUACUUAUAUAUAUUAUAUAUAUGAUAUACAAUGAUUUUUUUAUAUUUGAAAGAGAAGAGAAAAUAAAAUGCAUUUGCCUGACACACUACGAUACAUGGUUAUUAUUCAAGGGUUGAAGAACGAGAUACGAGCCUCCUCCUCUGUGUCGCGGUUUGUCAGAGUGUUGACAAACUCGACGAGAUUAUACGUUAAUUGACUGAUCAGUUUAAUUGCCGAUAAAUGGAUGAAAAGGAAAAGAAAGAAGGGGGAUAUUUGACGAAAUAAAAGAUUGAAAUGACAGAAGAAAGGAUGAGAAGCAGGUGCUCGUGCGGAGGCACAAGUGUUCGAGUUUGUACAGACACCAAUGUUAACUUGUAAAAAAUAAACCAAGCAUGUUUCGUUGAUAUUCGAUAAAAAAUUCUCCACUUCUUCUCUUUUCUCUUUUUUUUUCUCUCUUUUUUUUUCAUUGCUCCAUAGACACGAUGAUUAUUUUGUAUCUUAAAUUUAUGCGUUCCACCUGCUUGUUCGAUUCUCUAGUGUUAAACGAUUUAUAUUUGGUGUCAAACGUGUUUGUGCAAUUAAGCAAUAUGGUUUCUCCGUAGUCAAAUAGUAGCGUAAUUCGUUUCAAGGAAAGGGUUGCUCGCAUACGGAAGAAAGAGAAUCGAAAUUUGAAGAUUAUAGAAAAGAGAAAUUGUAAAGCUUCGAAAGAGUGGAAAAGACAAUGACAGCGCUGGAAGGGUAAAGAAGAGAACGAUUUAAUUAUUACAAACCGAGCUUCUUAUAUUCACCUCCUAGUUCUUUGAUUUACUAAAGACCGUCUCACGACCCCUCGAGUUUCUGUCGUAAAAGAAGAAAAAAAGGAAAAUCAUCUUUCGUCGUCGAUUCAUCAUCGUCCUCGAAUAAUCCCGAAUCGUGGACGAAAUAAAACAACACUAUACACAGAUACACGCGUGUACACGACUAUUACUCGGUUUGUUGGGUUUUUAAAGCGAGUGAGACAGCGUUGAUCGUCUUUUUUCCUUGAUAACAGGCAAAAAAAGAAAAACGCGAUGAUUAAAUUGAUCAAAGGACGAAGAUCGAGUUUUGAAGCUUUUUCAGAUUUUCUAGAGAGAGAGAGAGAGAGAGAGAGUGAGUGAAAGGAAAAGAUAAGGCUGAAACCAAGCCGAAAACGCGAUAGAAAUGCAACGUCGAAACGGAAUUGGGUGAGAGUUCAUCGAAAAAUCGUUCGCGCGUUCCCGUUUCGAAUAUUCAGACGCUCGAGUCAAGGAUAUUCGACGAUUUCUCACCCCUUGAAUGAAGCAUCGAGGUGUAAAGAUAUUUAUAAAAAUGAGAUCACACCGAAUUUCGUUUAACGCAAAAUAACUUCGUCUUGGAUAAAAUGGAAAGUAGAAUAAUUUUAAGUAAUUAAGUGUAAAAUUUAAGCGUAAAAAAAAUAUUCGGUAUGCAUCGAUUGAAAAUCGGGGAUAAAUGUGCGAAAAGGGGUAGAUCUUACGUCUGUGUGAACAGAAACGCAUCGAUAUUAUUAACAGUUUUUAUGGGAAGAAAAUGGCGUAUCUGUGCGAGGAGUGACAUCAAAGAUUGAUCAAUCGUCGUUCUUUCUUUCCUUCUCGUCUUUCCUUUAUCUUUCUUUUUUUUUUAAACAAACGCAAGAUAAGGGUAUGAAUAUCGAUUUGCUUGUACGAGUAUUCAAGUGGAAGGUUUAAUAAUAAAGACUAUGAUUUACACCUGUACACGAUUUUCUUAUUGCGUAAAAAUUAUCACACUAAUCGCAACGAUUUCUUAACAUCUGUUGUUUGUAAUCAUUUAUUAAAAAAGAGAAUAAUUGUGUGUUCAUCCCGAAAAGAAAAAUUAUCAUUUUUAAGAUCGUUCUGCGUAACUGUUAUCUUUCAAAAAAAAAAAGAAAAGAGAAAAACAGGAUAUUCUUCCCGUGAUAAUCACCUUUUUCACGAUAGUCGUCGUCGUAUCGUAAUCAUUGAUAAUUAUUCGAAAUGUCGAAAUACACAGAUAGAUUCAUCGAAGAUCGACGAUUUUUCGACUAAUUCUUCGUUUUCCUCGCAUAGAUGCAAAAUUCAUUAGUUCCUAAUGAAACAGUGAAACGCAAUCGCAACUUUCGUCCAGCGUACGUCCACGAAAUCGUAGUCGAACGAAAACGUAAUGUAAGUAAGGAGUAGAAUCUGAAGUAUACGCGUCGAAUCUCACCCAACUCUGAAUUUGUAAAUGAACGAUCAUAACGAUCCGCGAUGAAACACGAGCAAGCCUUAAUCGUGUAGAUAUUAUAAUCGUAUUACCACGAUAUUAUUACGGUAGUUCAUUAAACCGAGAAAGAGAGAGAGAGAGAGAGAGAGAGAGAGAGAGAGAGAGAGGCACAUUGGAUAAAGCGUAAAGCGUGUAGCAUAAUUUUCGCGACUGGAUGAUGAAAGAAUCUUCGCUUCGAGAUCAUUUUUUAUCACUGUUACAUAGCUUUUAUCGGCAUUCGAUUUGUAUUUUAAACAUGAUCAACUCUUAUUUUUAAAUUCUUACAGAUUCUUUGUCAUUUUAAAUUUAUCGUUCGAUAAAAUUAUAUAAUAAACAUUUAUUUAGAAAUUACAUCGACUCUCGAAGGCUAUCGUGAAUGAAAUUUCGUCCAACGCGAAUUUUUUCUUUUAAUAUCAGCCGUGGUAUCGUGAUGAUACCAUUACAGUGUUACUUGCAAUUGCGAAUUAUAAUUUUUUAGCCCUCGUCCAGUACCGAACAAUCAUAGAACAAUUAAUCUCCGGUGCUUAAUUUUAUUAAUCUUUUAAUUUGUACGCGAUUGUUCGGCGACGAACUUCCCGCCUAUGGUAGCCUCGGAGGAUGAAAAAGAUCAACAUGAAUUUUUAUAAAAAUUAAAACUGCAGCUAAUCGUAUUAUUUUUCAACGAAAAAAAACAGAAACAUUUUUUUAUCGAUCGAUUAUGCAACUAAUUAGAACGGACGGUCGUGACGCCGACGAGUUUCAUAUAAAAGCACAAUCGAACGAUGAACGAAACGUGGAAAUAAAUAGCAGGACUCGAAGAGGAACGUUCAUCGAAAUGUCGUGGAAAUUAUUCAGCCGACUUGGAGCAGACUGAUCGCAGAUAUACAUAUUCGAUAAGCUGUACAAACGCGAUGUUUCUUGAUUAGGUUAAGCUGUACGAUAACAGAGACCCCGUGUAGUAGUCUCGCGAGCUGAGUAAUUAGAACACUAGAAGUAGCUUCGUAAAAAAAUCGUCUAGAAACAUACCGAUCGAUCGAUCGCAUGAAUUAUCGUUUAUAAUCUAAUCAGUAAUAAUCUCAUUGAAAUGAAAUCGAACUUUGAAACUAGCUGCACACCUGUCUAAACGAAAUACUGCAAGAAUAUAUAUAUAAAUAUGUAUAUAUAUAUUAAUAUAAACGCGAAUCAAACUCUGCGAGUCAAUUGUACAGUUCUUUCGAUCAAUGAAAUCUUCGUUUAGACAAGUAUCGCAACGAUAUUGUAAUUAAAUAUCGAAUUAAAGCGGACUUUAAACGUCGAUACUUGUUAAUCAAGUGUGUAUUAUGAUCGGUAGAACGAUUACGAAGAACGAAGCUUUCUCUUUCAAAUACCAUUUGCUCGUGAAAUCAAUUUUUCGAAAAAUUAUGGAUAGUUGUUAGUAAGUAUCGAUAUUUCAUUAACGUUUAAUUAUACGAUUCUAAGAUCUUGUUAUUUAACCUGUUAAUCGGAAAAAACUAAUUAAUAAUAGUCACUCGAUCACUUGUUAAUCUUCUUAGAUUGUAUAUUCUUUUCUUUCUUCUUCCAUUUUUUUUUUCCAGAUAUCAACUAUGUAUCAUCUGACGCUAGAUAAGAUUGCAGCUGUCUAUGAAUUGUCGUAUCUUUGUAAAUCUCGUUAAAAGAAAUGGGAUUCGAACAGGAAUUUAUUUCAAGUGUUAUAACAAGUACUAUAUUUUGGAUACUUUCUAUACUUCUGCAUAUUCUGUGAGCUCUCGUGUAUUCUUGAAACUUUAAAUUUCCCAUAAGCGCACGAACACCGACGACGAAUCCGAUGGAAAAUUUGCACUAACUUUAACGAAUUAAUCGCAGAUGUUUGUGCGUUUGUAGGAGAUUUAAAGUGGCAAACAUAAAAAUUUAACUAAUUCCGAUGGAGACCAUUGCAGACCUUUACGAAUUUAUGGGAAGUUUAGAGCCGCAAACAAAUUCUUUUAAAAUUCAUUUACACCACAUAAUUGGCAUUUCUAACUUAUUUGAAUUCAAUUUAAUUAAAACUGAUUGAUUCCUGUUGAAUAUUAAUUCCACGAUUAUAGUAGCUCCUGGCUAAAACCAUGACCCUAUUAACAGGUUAAUCUGUAUAAUUAAACAUCUUCCGUUUAAUUCGUUCAACGUGUAAGAAAAAUGACAGGAUCUCUCGCUCUCCUCCGCACCACCAACAGAGUUGAGGACUCUCUCGACUAGAUUCGAAAACGAAUUCGAUCGCGAACAAACAUCACCACGGCCACGUUUCCCUGUAUCCUGUACGUAACUUCUUUUGAUACUAAACGGUAGAACGCCAAACGCCCCUUUAGAACUCUGUGUAUUUCGAGGAAAGCAAACAGGGCACGUAGGUUCGCAGAUGCGAACGAAAUAAUGUCGUGUCGAUGGACGUGUCUAAAAAGCGACGAACGAUCAAACUUUCGUUCAAAUAUUAAAAGAUAAUCGGAUAAAAUGACAUUAACGGGGAAUCGAUGGGUCGAAAUAGUAAACGAUUUUAACGUGCAAAUGUCGAAGAUGAUAAUUCCUUGGUAAUUUUGAUAUUCGUACGUUUAUCAGUUUUAUUGAUUUUUCAGACAGAAACGUAUAAUACGAACAAAUUUUUCCGAAUUGCUUAAAUUUAUUUUAUCUUUAUUCGUAUACCUGUUAUAUCUUUGUUUUAAUAAAGUGGGGGGAAAACGAUCGGAUUGACGUUUACGAUUAAUUUCUCUCUCUUUCUCUUACAAUAACUUUUAAAGCUAAGAUACAUUAUUUUACGAUAUAGGGAUUGAAACAAAAUUUCAAUGAACACUUACCAUCAUACACGCUCUGUUUUACGAUUAUUUUAUAGGCUAAAGUAAAUUGUCCCUCGCAGAACAUACAGUCGAAAGACAAAUUUCAAUCGACACUUACAAUCGCUAACUCUAUCUUACAGAGCUCUAAAAACUCCAACGAAUUAUUUUACCACUCGUGACUUUUAUUCACCUGUAUUUUAUAUUUUACAUUAUUUCCUGCUGAAGAAAUUCGCUUUUCUUCUUCUCUCUCGCCCCACAUCUGUUUGUAUCGUUUCGACGUUUGUACGAUUCAUCGUUUCAAUUCGUCGAUCGAUUGAUAGGAAAAGAACGACGACUAGAAAGAAGACAAUCGAAAAACGAAAAAAGACGAAGGCGAAAUCGAACGAAACGCAGUUCCAUCGACACGAUCCGCUGAAGUAACGAUAGAUUCACGAUCGGUAGAACGAUUUCACCAAUGACAGCGGUGAAAUUUUGCGGAUAAAAAAUAAUACGUGAUCCGUAGGAUUAAGUAAGAGAGCCGUGUGCGAAAAAAAUAAAGACGCUACCGUCGAUAUACUCCGACGGAUAAUACGAUGUGUGUGCUUGGAUGAAUGUAUGUCGCGUAGAAGAAACCGGGAUUUCGGUGAGGAAUCGCGAUCGAGGUACAGAUCGAUCGUUUGGAUCGAUCUUCGAUGGCCUGACGAACGGCGUUCGAGCCGUGAAUCUUAAAGAAUUUCGUGUUGUCGCGAAAUCCUUGAUAUACUGCAAUGAUAUGUACAUAUAUAAAUAUUUCCUUUUGCAAGAAUUCAAAUCGAUAAAGUAGAAGUUCCUAUUUUCUCGUCUGAAUUCUUUCCCUCGAGGACUGUAUCAUUGAUUUCGUUAAAAGAGAAGAAAAUCCUCACUAAUAAUUAUUUACAAUAAUUAAAUGGAGUUGAACGUGCAUUUCUUUGUGCCUUCUAUAGAAAAUAUUUGAUCGCGAAAGAUAUACAACGUUGAUUUCUGAUGAACAAUUUCGAAGAAAGAAACGACGAAGAUAGAGAAUCAUAGAAUACCAGCGGCCUAAACUGUUUUCAUACGAAAGCGAUAGAAAGCCUAAUUUACCGUCUUGUCUGUGUAUCCUCGUACGAAAUCUGUUGAAUCGGUAACACGAAUCAAAGAAACAUUCUCGCCUUCUCGUAGCUUCUCGACGAUUUUUCUGUUCGAUCGAUAUCAUACUGAUGAUGCUCAAAGUAUCCUCGAACGAGCCUCUCUUAUGCAUUUAACUAGAACAGUACGUUUUUACAGUCAUAUUUUAUUUACGUGUAUUAUAUUUUCACGCGUUAUCGAUCGAUCGUUUAUUUGAAAUUGACAAAAUAAUUGAACGCGAUGGUCUCGAAGAAGAGAAUAAUUCUGUCGAUUAUAAAUCGAGAUUAUGGUAAAGAUAGAAGAAACAGCGGAUAAUUGUUGCGACUACGCAAACACGUGAAAUUGUAAAUCGAAAUUAGUUGAAAAAUAGAAGAAACGACAGAGAUUGUAAUUCUUUGCUGUUGUAAUAACUCGACGAACUGAGAUUACUUAAAAAUACAAAGAAUAUAGAAAAUAGAAGAUUUAAUAACUCGAUAGGAACUAUAAAAAUCGAGGUAAAUCAGAUUGAAAAAAAGCGUUCUUCGCUCGUUUCGAACUAACGGAUAGGAAUGAUCCUCGAGAAGUUGAUGAUAGGACAAAUCUUUCUCGAUAAAAUCAAUGGAUUCGUUCGAUGACGCAAGCUCGAACUGUGAAUUUCAACGAAGCACCCUCGAUCGCAGGGAAAAAACUCGCGAAAUCCCAGACGCUCGCGCCACAAUCCUUGUGUGUUUUAAAUAAUUGCGCAGAUUUUAUUGAGUAAGAUUGAUGGACGUGUUGCGUCACUCGCUUGUGUCGGAAUUCUACCGAGGAACCGAAUAUUUUCGAAGAACACGAAAGAUAAUCGAGACACGUUUUGCUCCAAAAUAUAUUAAUCGAAAGAAACGACGAACCGGACUUAUUUUUCUUGUUCUUAUCGUUCGAUAUUCGCGAUGCAGCCAGCCAUCGGACUAUAAUGUAUUUUUCCCAUGGCAAGAACACAUAAUUAUUGGCAAAUUAUAAUCAUGUGUAUAAAAAUUCCAUGGACAAAAGGAACGCCGCUUAUUUCAGAAAUCGAAUAAUUCCACGUUGCAGAUGAGACAAGAAGAGUUUCUUGUCUUUACUAUUGAGAUAUCGGCGAUUGUUUACGCAACAGUCAAUUUCAAUUUCACAGAGGUUUAUCAAUCGAAUCACGCUUCUCGUAUUUAUUAAGUAUUCUCCGAUAGUUGCGUUGUAUCGUGCGUUGUUUUCUUUGAGACUUCGAUAGAGACAUCGGUAAUUUGUAUUCCUUAUAAAUCGAAAGGAAGAACCGAUGAAAAAGAUAGGAAAUAUUCGCUGCGGAUGUUUGCAGAUCCUUUUUAAAAAGAGGAUCGCAUAAUACUUAAAAAAAAAGAGAGAGAGAGAGAAAAAGCUGCAAAAUAAAAUUUACCAUGGAAGAUCGAUGAUGUAAAGCUUCCUAUAAAAUGAAUCAACGUGGAAUGAAAAGAGAACAAGAAAAUUAACGAUCGGGAUUAUCGAUAGUCUGAAACAGAACUUCUAUUAUUAUUAUUAUUCUAUAGAAAACUAUUUAUCGUAGAAAUUUGAAAAGGAAGAUUAACGAACGAAAACGAUGAAUAAUUCGAAACGCUUGCUAAAAAGAUGGCAUCGUUAGUCGGAGCAAAACUGUGUUCGCGAGAAAUCUAAAGCAGAGACUAUCUUCGACUAUUUCUGAAUAGACACGAGGGACGCGCAACACGCGUUUUACCACUUACGAUUAGCAUCGUGUACGAAUCAUUUAGUUCUCAUUCCUUCGCGGGAUCCUCGGUGAUGCCAGAUAUUCUCCCUCGACUUCUUUUGUACCAGGCGAUUUAGCCACCUUAAGUACGACUUAAAACGUGCGAAUUAAUCAAACAAAACGAUUAAACGACACACGCGCACGAUUUUCUCAGAUACAUUGUUUAAAACGAAUAAAAGAAUUAAAGAAAAAAGAUUAAAAAAAAGCGUAAAAGAAGAUGAGAGUACAGGCGAACCGUUUUUUCUCGGAUGUUUACACGAUGUGUGAGGAUGACGAUGUGAGAACACAUAAGCGGAAGGGACGAAACGAAGGGAAGCAUUUCUCGAUCUGGCAUCACUCGACGAGGAGAAGAUACGUAGAUCGAGGAAACGCGACGGCACUUGUGUCCGUUUCCGCUCGCUGCUCCACUGUGAACAUCACCGUUCUGUCGCUCCUUCGAACGUUGCUUUGUUUAAGCAAUGACGACUUUGUGGUGAAAAGAAGAAAAAGAGAUGGGACGGAAUUGAAUUGAAAAAUUACGAGAAAAAAGGCAAUAAGUUCCAACGAUAAAUCGCGUGAAAAGGUGGGAAAGAUUUACGAAUUUGAAUGAAAAAUUGCGUAAGAAGGGUGAUAAUCGCAUUUUUAUUGAUAAAUCGCGUGGAAAUGGAGAAGAUCGAGUUUCUCGUGAAAAAUUGAAUGGAAAGGAGAGGAAUAUAAUUACUCGAAUGAAAAAUCGCGUGGAAAGGCAGAAGAUGGAAUUUAAUCUGUCCGCUUGAUGAUAGUAAAAAAAGUGAUUUUCUUUUUAUGUAAUGUUUUCAUAAAAAAUGCCACGUUUCUUGUCUAUCGUUAGCAAAGAUAUAAAUGAACAUUCGCGUUAUAUGUUCAGAGAAAUGGAUUUUUCUUUUUGUUUCUAAGAGAACGUUUUAUUAGUUUCGUGGAUUCUUGCGUAGAACGUGCCGUUCUAGAUGUAAGAUCGAUGUUCGAUUCGACCCAUUGGAAGCCUGUUUUAACUCUACUACGCUCUUCGAGACUUUUUCGAUUCGAUUCGUAUUUCACGGUCGUUGGAAAAAUUGAUUAAGUUUGAAAAAAAUAUGAGAGAAUCGUUAUUAGAAUUCUCGUUUCAAUUUUAUGCGAAAUGUUAAGGGUCUUUUUAUUUACUGAAACGAGAAUAGAAAAAUUCGAAGAUCGUGGUCGAGUUAGCCGUUAGUUUUCGAUGUCAAGCAAUGACAUUUUCCUCUUUCUUUAUUUUUCAAGUAAUGAAAUCGAUGACACUGAUGACGAACGUUUCUAUAUGAAACGCGUCGUAUUAUUUUUUUAAUCUAGCAACGCCUCGUUGUUUCGUAUAUUUUUUCAGAGAAUGAACAUUUUUACGAUCGAACAGAAGAUUCGAUCAAAUAGUUUUAUGUUGUUUCGAUUCUAAGCGCAAUUCCAAUGGGUUGGUCGUUUUAAAAUUGAAUUUCUUUACGUAUAAAGCUUGUGUAUUUUAUUAUAUCGACAAACGUGGAGUUUCGUUUGAAAAAGACGAAACCCAAUUUGAUUGUCACGAUGUCAAAAAUAAAAAAGCCAAAAGAAACAAAUAUUAUAUAUAACCAGAAGAAGAAAAAAGAAGCGAAUAAAGGGAGGUUGAGCAAUCAUUGUAUUCAGCCAACAUAGUGUAGUAAUAUAUAAGUAUAAAUCGGUUAAUAAUUAAGUAAAGAGAAAUCAAGAAAAAGAAGUAUCAAAAUUAGUAUAUAAAACAGAAGAAUAUAAGAAAGAAGCGUAAAAAUAAAUUACAGGUUGUAUAAAAUACUCGAAUCAACGAUGAAUGACUUGAAGUGGAAGAAUUUACAAUUUGAAGCUCAAGCAGAUGUAUAGUAUAAAUGUUCGACCUCUCGCGAUUCAUUUCCACUUUUACGUAACGGGAAUUCGAUUUAUUAUAAUUCUGUGCAUAAUCGAAUAAUAUGUUUGGUUGUAAGUGCGUACGUUGUAAUCUAGAACAGAGAUCCUUUUUAACUUACUUGAACAAGAGGAAUCACAAUAUAGUUUGCACUCAAUUACGAUAAUCGAACUCUUUUCUCAUAAACGUUUCUUUGUUUCCUACGAAAAUACGAUCGUACAAAGAUGCAUAUUUUUCAGUAAUUUCCAACCAGACUUUGAUCUUAACGAUCGGCUACUCAAACUUUUUUCCCCCAAAUUAUUAUACAAUUUCGUAGAUUUGAACAAAAUUUAUGCCAAUUUCUUUUUAUUAUUCCCAAUUUGGUAUGCAAGAGAUUUAAGAAAUAUUAAGAAAAAUAAGACCAUCCUUUGCGGAAAUCGUAAUUAAUUAAUUAAUAUUAUAGUUAAUAUAUCAAUUUUUUUCUAAGAUUCUAAGAUAUCUGUUCAGAUUACGAAAAGUGCGCGUGAAAAGAAGAAAAGAAGAAACCACAAACUUAUCGCGAAGAAAGCAAGAUUUUCAAUUAGAGUCUGAAAUAACCGGAAGUGCUCUUCAUCUUCGUCGGCGGACCGAGAUUUUCGAUAGACUUUCGGUUACAGAACGAAAUUGUUUGCGAUUCGCUUUUUUUUUACUCUCCUCUUCAAUAGAAUCCGUUUUCCCUUCGAAAAAUGUGAUCGUUUCCCUGGAAACGACUCGAUCGAGCUGUACUUGUCUGUUUUUCGAACGCGUAUAUCAAAGAAGAACAAGAAAAGAAAGAAAACGGAUGAAAAAGAGAGGGUAAUAUAAAAGAUUACACGAUAGAGAUAGGUAAAGGAAAAUGUGAGACAACGACACACGCACAUAAGGCGUAUGGAAAUAAAUAGACUCGAUGAUGAUUGCUAUUGUUAAUCGAUCAUCGACGAUUAACUGGUAAGAGGAUAUUGCGGCGAUAAAUAGCGAAGUUUAAUAUUACCCGUUUGUAUACUAAGGAGAAAAUUUACAAAAAAAAGGCGAAGUAAAUGUGAAAAAAUAAUAAACGACAAGAAUGUAAAAGAUGGAGAAAUAUUAUAUAUAUACGUAUAAUAUUUAAUUUGUAAUAGGGAAUACAUAAAUAUUAUAUGUGCAUAUAUGCGAUGUAAGUAAUAUAGAACGUGUGUGAGAGAGAAAGAGAGAGCUAUUUUGUAGGAUGAGUUCGAAGAAUGCGUAAGUGGGCGGCGAUUUACUUCUUUUUUUAAUUCUUUGACUUGCCCAUGAAUAUAUAUUCCCAUAUGUAAGAAAUGUUAUAAGGAUUACCUAUAAAACAUGAAAAUAAAUAUCAUGUAAACACCGAGAA